AUGCCUGAAGUUAAAAGAGUUGAAAACGUUGAAAUGGAGGUUCCUGUACAAAGUGAAUUUCGAAUGGCUAUACCUCCUACUUCUCCAAUUCAUGAGUCAAUUCCUGAAGUUCAUGUCUCAACUCCACAGCAACCUCUAAAGACUGUUGAAGAGUUUGGAUCCACAACGAAAAAAACAACAUCACCAACACCUCAAGGUUCGAGUCAAGGUUUUCCAAAAGUUCCCUCUAAUCUUGAUGGCGGUCCAACAAGUGUAAAUGAUGUUGGAUACAUUCUGUUCUUUAAUGACGAUAAGGUUGAUGAGUUAGCAAAGAAGGUUGCAAAGUUAGAGAAAGCGAAAGCAGAAUCUGAUGCAGAGCUUAAGGAAAAUAAAGAGAAACUUAAGCAAGUAGAGGCAGAGAAUGUGGUACUAAAGAAUGAAAUUUUAGCCAUGAAUGAUCAGAUAGAAGACGUUAAAGCUGGAAACAAUGCUUUGAACGAAUUGAUUGAUGAGCUUUUAACUAUGAAUUGUGAUUUGAAUGAUUCUCAUGCAACAAUGAGUAAUGCAAAUGAAAUCAUGCAGAAAGAGAUAGCUGAUUUGAGUGUAGGCAAGGAGAACAAGUCUAAGAAAAUUGAGAUGUUAUAUGCUGUUAUUGAAGACAAACUUAGGAUAAAUGUGCAUGCCGCUUAUGAUGAUAUUGAAAUCCGAAGAGCUGAGGCUCGGAGGAUGGAAAAACAACAACAAGAUGCUGCCGAGGCUGCUAAAGAUAAAGGAAAAGGUGAAUCAAAGAGAGUAUCUUACAGCAGAGAAGACAAUUCAAGGAGAAUUGAAGUUGAAAGACGUCGACUGAAAGCUAAGCAAACAAAGAAAGCUCAGACAGUUGAGAAAGUUGACGAAGAGAAUGACGAUGAGGAUGAAGAAGAUGAUGAUUUGAAAGACAUUGAUAAUUAUCCUGAAGGUGGUGAUGAUGAUAACGGUGAUGAUGAUGAUCAGGGUGGUAAUGGUGGUGCCUUAGUUGUAAGAUCUACCAUUGAUCAGCGGAAUCUAGACUUUCUAGACGAUGCACAUAAUGAAGAAAUCGAGGAUGUUCUUCCUCAGGGGGAGUCAUCAGGUACUAAACAUUCAUUUGCUCCUAAGGUGAUUUUUCUACAACAUGAUGUUGAAGAAGGUGAAUUAGUUGAAAACUGGACGAGGGAGUCGAUGAAAGAAGCUCUUGGUCUGAAUGAUGAAGAUCAGUUCACGUUCGAUUUCGAGAAAGAUAUAGAAGAUAAUGGUCCUAAUGGUCAGUAUGUGUUUGAAAAGGUUGAUGAAGCUGACAACUUCAACGAUGUGGUGAUUGAAGAUGGAUCGGAUUCUGACAAUGAAGUACCGAUGCAUUAUGCUGGUCAGGAUGCAGAUUUUCCCACAUUCGCUGAGUUGUCCCGAAGUCACAAUGAAAAGGAUCUUAGAAGGAAAGUUGUUGAAAAGUUGAGUGAAGAAGGUAUUCCUAAGAAGUUAUCGAAAGAAGAAAUCAGAAUGGAAAGAAAGUAA